AUGGGAAGCGCUACCGAUAUAUCGAAAUCGGCCUCCACUGGACUCAAUCAUCCUUCUUUUGAAGACCCGUUAAAUGGCUCGCGCCUCCAAAAUUUUCAUCCCGACCCCGAGCGUGACCAUAAUCCCGCGUUUAUAGCUGAAGACGAUCUAGGGGACGAAGAAAUGAAGUCUAUUUUGGAAGAUGCUUAUGAAUUUUUGCAGGACUCUUCCGAUAUACUAAAUGUGAACUCGGAAAUUCAGCCCAGAGCCCUAACUAUUUAA